AUGCGUCUGCUAGCGAUACUGCUUUUCGGCGGGAACGAAUUUGUUCGUGGCUCGACCACUACGUCUACUUCUACUUCGUCAUUCCUGCCGGAUCAGUCAAGCUUGCCAAGUAGUUCACCUGUCAGUAUCACCACUCCGCCCGGAAGCUCGUGCGUUAGCACAGUGCAAGCCACGAAGUGCACACCCGACCCCGUGGGUCGUCCAGCUUGUAUUCCAGUCCCAAGCUGCGCCUCCUGGAUCCCGACUACAACAUCAUCACAUCCAACCCCAGCUCCGACCCCAACCAUCACCCCUCUCGAGGUCAAGCCAGUCGUCUGCCAUGAUGAAGCAUACUUCCCGGGCCAUGGCGACAUACAUCCUGGGCACCAAUAUUUACGGGCGAACCUGUUCUGCAUAGAUCAAGGGAGACUUGUCUUCGGUCCAGGGGAUUCCACGCAUGUUUUGACGGAAAACGGUGGUGUCAAGUACUUCUUCAAGGCGGGAUGGAUACAUGGCUGCAUAACCACGGUGAACAACCAAAGUUUCGUCGCCCCUGUGGGAGCCGAAGGUCCUUUCUGCACACAGAUCAUGUGGGACGCGUACCGGAAAUGUGAGUGGUGCAUCAAGGACUGA